AUGCAGAACGCCCAGCAGCGUCUUUCCCCCAGCGCUGGCCCGCCGCGGCUGCCUCUGCCCACAGAUGGGGGCGGCGGGCUCGUGGUGGGGCCCCCUCCCAAGCCGUUGACUUCGUUCCUCAUCCAGGACAUCCUGCGCAAGAGCGAUGCGGGGAAGGUUUCCAGCGCGGAGCCCAAGGCAGGAAAGAUAUCGCGCCCGCAUCGCCCCGACGGCCCCAGCGAUCUCUUCCCUCUCGGAGCUCCCCGAGUCUCCGACACGGAUGCAACAGCUGCUCGGCAGAAAUAUCAUGCAGGCGCCAUGUGCUCUGUGCAUGUGCAUGGAAGCACCAAAGAGCUGAAAUGCAGGUCAGUGAUGGUGAAACUUUUCGGCACCGAUUGUCCAAACCAGAACAUGGAUGCACACAUGCCGAAGCCCUAUCCAGACAUUCCUCAGCCAAACGGUGAGCAUCCCUCCAAACCCUUCAUGAGAACCCCCAAACAGCUGAAGCGUUCCCGGGCAGCCUUCUCCCACAGCCAGGUCAUUGAGCUCGAACGGAAGUUCAGCCACCAGAAAUACCUCUCUGCUCCGGAGCGAGCCCACCUCGCCAAGAACCUGAAGCUCACCGAAACCCAAGUGAAGAUCUGGUUCCAGAACAGAAGAUACAAGACCAAGAGGAAACAACUGGCCUCUGAGCUUGGAGAACUUGAGAAGAACUCACCUCUCCCGGUCUUCAGAGAGAACAAUUUCUCUAGGGCUACCUUAGCACUUUCUGUAUACCACACCUAUCAGUACAACCCCUAUUUAUGUUAUCUGAACGGUUGGAGCCCAAUCUUUUGGUAA